UUCAUCAGCAUCCAUUGCUCUCCUGCUACAGCUGUUAUCUUCCCGCCACAAGUCUCUCUCUCGUCUUCUAUUCUUCUCCUUCGUAAUCGCAUCCAUGGAGCUAGCGGCUUCAGCGUCGGAGUCCGUCUGCUCGGCGUACCAUCACCUGUCAACUCCGGCAGACGCUGAGGACGGUGGCGCACAGUCACGGCCGCAGCUGCCGCGGCGGAGGAAGCACGCGGCUGGCGGCGGCGUCAGCGGGCUCCGGCGCCGGUGCCACGCGGUGCUGAAGCAGCAGCGGACGAGGCUGUACAUCCUACGGCGGUGCGUCUCGAUGCUGCUGUGCUGGAACGACCACGACGACAUGUCCGACUGAGCUCUGAGACGAAGGCCCGAUGGUUCUCUGCUCGGGCUGGGUCAGGGCCGGGCCUGUAGGUGGGUCCUGUUCGUAUAGAGGAACGGUAGAGUGGUUUGGUGUAUAAUACUCCAUGCCGGUUUGUUGGCAACUAUAUCAUGAGAUGAGCUUUUUGUAAUCUGGUGAUGUAUAAGUAAAUGAGAAAUGCAAUGCCAUGUGAUGGU